UAUGCUGUGUAAAUGUCACAUGUCAUAACAAAUCUGUUUUUUGUUAAAAGAUGUACUAUGUAAUAAAAUGAAUGUCGAGGUGUUGAGGACUACCUGCGAAUGUUUUUAAAACUAAACAAAAAUGACCUACAGUUGGACGUAAUUUGGUUUAUUUGAAGAUAAUGUUGAAAAACUCCAGAUUAAGUUAUAUUUUAGUAAUUGUGUUAUUGUUCGGGUCCGUAGCUGUUUUAUAUCAAGUUCAAUUAGCUAGACUUCAAGAGAAAUUAGCUGAAUUAGAAAAACGUCAAGAACCGUAUGAAUCAAACUAUUUAUAUUCUCGAGAGAAUCUCGUAGACGAAGACGAGUUAGUAAUUUUAUACAAUCGUGUACCAAAGACUGGAUCCACUAGUUUUAUAGGAGUAGCAUACGAUUUCUGUAAGAAAAACCGCUUCCAUGUUCUGCACGUAAAUAUUACGGCAAACAGUCAUACGCUAACUCUAGAUAAUCAACUAAAGUUUGUGCAGAAUGUUACGAAAUGGAAUAGUAUGAAACCAGCCUUGUACCAUGGGCACUUUGCAUUUCUGGAUUUCUCAAAGUUUGGUGCUCCAAAACCUCUAUUUAUAAACUUGAUACGUAAGCCGUUGGAACGUUUUGUGUCCUAUUACUAUUUUGUGAGAUACGGCGAUAAUUUUAGGCCAUAUUUGGUUAGAAAGAAACAUGGAAAUACUGUUACCUUCGAUGAAUGUGUAGCCCAGGACCUGCCUGAUUGUGAUCCCAAUAAUAUGUGGCUCCAAAUACCUUUUUUCUGUGGACACUCUGCAAAUUGUUGGAAACCUGGCAAUAGAUGGGCCCUGAAUGAAGCCAAGAAGAAUCUCGCAAAUAGCUAUUUCCUGGUUGGUGUCACAGAGGAACUAGACGAUUUUGUUCAAGUUCUCGAACAGUCCCUACCGAGAAUCUUCAAGGGAGCAACCGAAUAUUAUCAGAGCAGCAACAAAUCCCAUCUGCGUCGAACUGUGCAGAAGGAUUUACCAUCUUUAAUAAUAUAA